AUGGUCACAAAGGUUGAAGAUUUUAGUCUAAGUAGCCUUCAUUAUCUUGACGACCAUGAAGAUGAUAAAAGUGUAGAUGGUGACUUUGCAGACGAUGAUUGGCAAUGGGAAGAAAGGCUUCGACUUAUCAAUGAAUUUGGAACUUGGACGAGCGGGAAUGAUACUUUAGACAAAUUUAUACAACAAACCCAACUAGAAACACCGGAUCCUCGCUUUCAUAUGCAAUGGAUACCUUUUGAGAAUUUUGGCGAAGUCAAAUUUGUAGCAAAAGGAGGACAUAGUUCUGUUUUUUCUGCUACCUGGAAGAAUAAGAAAGAUCAAGUAUGGGAUGGUGCGAAACAGGUCUUUGUAGAAAAGCCACUUGUGGUUGCUCUAAAAUCCCUAAAGAACUCACAGAACCUUGGUGAUGAAUUUUUGGACGAGGUUGACGAAUAUUCACUGAACACGGCCGAUGAGAUCGAUGACGUGGAUGCAUUUGAGCGAAUAUUCGCGUCACGAAUCUCAAACACGCUAUAUCCGGUUGCUCCAGAUGUUCACCCAUUUGCUUUUUAUAUUAGUCGUUUCUUAUUCUUUCCCAAUUUACCUAUACCGACAAAUUCAACAUAUUCGGCAGAACCCUUGCAAACUUCGUACUUUGAUGCAAAUAAAAAAUCAAAUCUAGACGAAGAGAUAACAUACGAAGA